AUGAGUCACAGAUAUAAUUUCCGGAGUUACUUUUCUUUUUUUCAUUUUAUCUAUUUUCCCUCCUCACAUUCAAUCGCUUUUUUAUCUUCUUGGUUUCAAUUUUCUAUCUUUCUAUCACUAUUUCUUUUUCUCUCUCUAUCUAUCUAUCAUUUUCUCUAUUUCUCUUUCUUUCUCUCCCUCUUUCUCCCCAUCUAUCUAUCUAUCUAUCUAUCUAUGCUGUUCUAUCUGUCCAUCACUUUCUCUAUUUCUCUUUCUUUCUCCCCCUCUUUCUCCCCAUCUAUCUAUCUAUCUAUCUAUCUAUCUAUCUAUCUAUCUCAUGUUUGUGGUCAUUUCUCUCUCUCUCUCUCUCUCUCUAUCUCGACGCACAAUUUUCCGUCUCUUGUUUUAAUCUUCUAUCUCUCUUUCAUUUGUCUCAAUUUACUCUUCUUUUUUCCUCUUUUUCCUUUUAAAUGCCUGCUUUCCGUUUCUCUUUUUGUGAUUUCUUCUUUGCUUCCCUCCCAUUCUUUUUUUUAUCGACUAACCAUUCUCCUCUCUUCUUCCUCCUUUACUCUCCUUUUUUUUCUUCUCUCGCCUUCUCAUUCGUUCUUUUACCCUCCUUCCAUUUCUCCAUUUCUUUGUUUUUCAUGUUCAUAUAACUUAAAGAUAUCUCCAGAUAUAUAUUUUUUCAAACAAACAACCCAUCAACAAUUUAUGCAAACCUUGGUUUCUUCCGAUUCCCUCAUCGACAAGUUGCUCGCUUGGCUGAGAGAUUGA